AUGAAGCUCACGAUCCCCCUCGCAGCUGUGGCGGUUGCGCUGACUGGAACUGUCUCGGCCCUGCCCGUCGACGGCGGCGUCUUUGCUCCACAGGAUGUCGUCUCCACCGGUGGGUUUGCCGGCUCGCUGUUUGGCGGCAUCACCUCGAGCUUCCGCGACAUGUUUGCGGCUCGCCUUGUGCAGACUUCUGCCGACGAACAGCCGUACUGGACGACGGAGCUGGGUAAGCAGCUGUUGUGGUACCGCGGGGUGCAUUUUAUGGAUAUCACCGACACGCCCACGUUGGGCCAGCUGAAUGCGGCUCGCGCGCAGGGCACCUCAUCGGUUGCAGCAGAUGCAAAGUUCCCCAAGAGCGUGGAGCAUAAGAAGCAGCUUAAGAAGGUGUUCAAGGAAAUUUCGCAGGAGGGCCCGCGCAAGCACUUGGAGAAGUUUACAUCGUUCCACACGCGCUACUACAAGUCCGAGACCGGCCGCCAGUCGCAAGCCUGGCUGUUCAAGACGGUUUCCGACCUGGUUGCGAACCACUCGUCGUUCAUCAGCGUCGAAGAGUUCCCGCAUCCCUGGGGCCAAAACUCGAUCCUGCUCAAGAUCCAAGGCACCAACGCAACGCUCACCGCCUCCAAGGGCAUCACCAUCCUCGGCGCGCACCAGGACUCGACCAACCUGUUCCCCUUCUUCUCCGCCCCAGGCGCGGACGACGACGGCUCUGGCACCGUGACGAUCAUCGAGGCGCUGCGCGUGCUGCUCGCGGCUGACUGGCGCCCCGAGAGCGACGUCGAGCUGCACUGGUACUCGGCGGAGGAAGGUGGCCUACUCGGCAGCCAGGCCGUGGCGCAGUCGUACGAGCGUAAGGCCACCAAGGUCCACGCCAUGCUCCAGCAGGACAUGACCGCCUUCGUCAAAGCCGGCACCCAGGAAACCGUCGGCCUCGUCGCCGACUUUGUCAGCACCCCGCUCACCACAUUCAUCGGCCUGCUCGUCGACGAGUACCUCGACAUCGGCUACACGCACACCAAGCUCGGCUACGCCGGCUCCGACCACGCCAGCUGGACAAAGACCGGCGCCGACUCGGCCUUCGCCAUCGAGGCAACGUUUGAAAACUCCAACCUGAAACGCAUCCACACAACCAGCGAUACCUUCGACUACCCCGAGUUCAGCUUCGACCACCUCAUGCAGUUCGUGCGUCUUAGCGCGAGCUUUGUCGUCGAGCUGGCCGGCUGGUCCAAAGCCUAG